UACGGCGUCAAUGCCGGCGGCUACAAGAAUGUCAAAUCCUCGCCGCGCAAGCUCAAGAUCAUCCUCACCAACGACGACAGCUGGGAAUCGGCCAAUAUCCGCGCCACGUACUACGCGCUGCGCUCCGCAGGCCACAACGUCACCAUCGCCUCUGAGGCGCACCAACAGUCCGGGACGGGAGGAACUGUCAAGCUCCCCGUGAACCAGACGAUCGUUACCCCUGGUCGUGGCGAUUCGAUCCCGGCAUCUGCGCCCUACUUCGGACGCAACGAGACGGACCCGGCCAUCACGUACUUCGAUGGCACGCCUACCGCUGCGGUGUUCUGGGCGCUGGACCAAGUCAAGUACUUUGGCGAUGACGGACCAGACCUCAUCGUGAGCGGGCCCAACGAAGGGACCAACUUGGGCCCUUUCCUCUACACGCUGAGCGGUACCAUCGGUGCCACCUACGCGGCCAUUGAGCGCGGCUAUCCUGCUAUGGCUUUCUCCUCGUCGUCCAAGGCGCGCAGCUACAAGACUCUCGAUGUGGACAAUGCACAGGACGAGAGCAACAUCCUCGGCACCCAGAUUGCCAACUUUGUCUCGGCUUGGUCCCAGCAGAACAAGCAGGGACGUCUCCUGCCUCAAGCCAUUGGUCUCAACAUCAACUUCUCACCCACAACGUCUUCCUGCCCGAACCAGAAGCCCAAGUGGGCCACGACCCGCCUGACAGGCAAGGCCAACAUCGACAAGCUCGUCGUAGGGAGCAACAAUCUCCCUCAGUACGAGGAGUACGCCACUCCCGAGGGGACUGGCUUGAACAAGUGCAACAGUGGGGAUUGCUCCCUUCCCGGUGAGACGGAGUACAUCGAUGGUGGGGACUGCAGAGCGAGCGUGAGCAUCUUUAGCACAGACUAUGAUGCGCCAGUGGACAAGACG